AUGGAAGUGUAUAUUCAAAUAAUAGGUUGGCAUAGAUUAGCAAUACCAUCUAGUUUACGCUUAUUUGUGAAUGGGGAUGUUACUCUUUUUAAUUGCGGUGAAAAUAAUCAACGAUUUUUAAAUGAACAUAAAUUACACCUAGUUAAAAUAAAAAAUAUAUUUUUUACAAAAAUUAAUCCUGAAACUAUUGGUGGUUUGAUUGGACUAUUAUUAACAAUAGAUAAUAUAUCAGAUAAUUGUAUUAGUAUAUAUGGGCCCAAACCGAUAGAAAGAAUUAUUAACAAUUUUACCUCUACUUUCGCGAAAAUGAAAAAUAUAAAAAUUAAGGUAUAUGAAAUUUCUAAUAAUAUAUCACCAAUAAUUUUAAAAGGAAACGUCGUGAUAACUCCCAUAAUACUCGAUGAAAAUAAAAUUCUUCUAAAGGAAAAUAUGAAUAUAAUAAAUGAUGAUAUAAGCUAUAUAAACACAAAUAAAAAGAAAAUUAUUAAAAAAGAUAGUAUGAGUUAUGAGAAAAAAAACUUUUACCAUAAAUAUGGGGAUAAGCCAAAAGAAGAAGAUCCUGAAGAUACAUAUUUAAAUAACCUUAAAAAAAGAAAGAUGGAUAAAAAUUAUGGAGAUAGAAAUGGAAAUGAAAGUGUGACAGAAUAUGAAAAUAAAUUUGAAGAAAAGAAUCAAAAUAAUAAUUUAAGUGAAGAUGAAAAUAAAAAAAAAAACAAUAAUAUAGCAUUUAAUAGCAUUUGUUAUUUAAUUGAAUGCCCACAAACAUUGGGGAAAUUUCAUCCAGAGAAAGCUAAAAGUUUAAAUAUUCCAUCGGGAAAAUAUUAUGGCAUAUUAAAAUCAGGAAAAUCUAUUACAAUAAAUAAUAAAAUAAUAAAAACUGAAGAUGUUUGUGAUAAAAAUAUAGAUGGAAGAAAAUCAUUAAUUAUUGAUUUAUUAAACAGUGAAGAUAUAAAUUGUUUAAUUAAAGAAAUAACAAAUAAAGAAAAUUUUUAUUUAAAAAAUUUAGAAUACGUUUUUCAUUUAUCCUGUGACGAAAUUACCAAUUGUAAAAAAUACAGAGAUUUUUUUUUAAGUUUAAAAAACGUAAAAAAUAUUAAAUGCAAUCAAUCCAAUAGUUCAUUAAGUGUAUGCCCUUUUGUUUCCUCUUCUUCAUUAAACAACUUUCUUUCUAAAUUAUUACCAAACAUUUUUUUAAAGUAUAAACCUGAUACACCUAUAUAUAAUAUGUCAUAUUUAUUGCAAAAUGACAAAGAAAAAAAAGAUCCAAUUAUGAUAAGAAAUUCUUUUGUAAAUGAAAAAAAUGAGACAGAAAAUGUUAUACAAAAAAAUACUAAUUUAAAUAAUAUAAACGAUUUAUCAGCAGAAGCAGAAAAUGAAAUAAUAAAUGAAAAAAAUGAAAAAAAUAAUUCUUAUCUUUUAUAUAACCCAUUAACAAAAUUUAUUCUACAUCCUUUUCAUAAGAUUAAUAUAUGCACUAGUGAAAUGUUAUCUGAUUUAUAUCCAAACAUUUUCAAUUACUCAAAAAUAUCAAAAGUGUUAAAAGAAAAUGAAGACUUAAUAAAAACCUUUGAAAAUUUUAAUCAAACAAAAUUUUCUAAUUUUUCAGAAGUACCUUCUUUUUAUUUUCUUGGUACUGGAUGUUCUAUGCCUUCGACUUUUCGUAACGUAUCUGGUAUACUUUUAAAUAUUCAAAAAAAUUUUAGUAUUGUUUUGGACUUCGGGGAAGGUUCUUUGUACCAGUUAUAUUGGAUGAGUAAAUCGUGGAUACAUUUUUCUGAAAUUAUUAAAUCAAUCAAAGUAAUAUUUAUAUCACAUUCCCAUGCAGAUCAUCAUGCGGGUCUUUAUUAUUUAUUAUAUAUAAGAAAGAUAUUUUUUCCUAAUUUAGAUCAUCCAAUAUUGUUAAUUCCAAUAACUUUAAAAAGUUGGAUGAAUUUAUUAAAUGAGUUAUUUUUUGAUAAACCGGUAAAAGUUAUAUAUAAUUCAGAAAAUUUAGAAAUAAAAGAAAAAAUCGAAGAAGAUUUUUUAAAUAUGCAGCUUUUUAAGGUUAAUCAUAUUAAUGAAUCAUAUGGUGUCAAAAUUGAAAACAAAAAUAUUGGUUCCGUUGUAUAUUCAGCCGAUACACGACCUUGUAGUAAUAUCAAAAAAUUUUCAAAAGGAUGCAAUAUUUUAAUCCAUGAAGCUACAUUUGAUGAUGAAUUAUUAAACGAAGCUAUUCAAAAAAAACAUUCUACUACACAAGAAGCAAUGCAAAUAAGUUUAGAAGUUAAAUGUAAAAUAUUAAUAUUAACACAUUUUAGCCAAAGAUACCCAAAGGUCCCCAAAUUAAAUAAGCAAUCAUCCACUGAAUUUAAUGAAAUUAUUAGUAAAACAAUAUAUAGCUUCGAUUAUAUGUGUAUUCCUUUAAAUUUAAUAAAUGAAUUACCUCAUUAUUUCAAUAUUUUAUUAAAUUUAUUAGAAAAAAUAUUUUAA